GUGCCGGGCGGGCGGGGAGGCGGCGGCGGUGCCCGGGCGCGGUGCGACAUGUCCCACCAGACUGGCAUCCAAGCUAGUGGAAGUGUUAAAGACAUCUUUGUUGGAGCCAGAAAUGGACAAUACAGGCUUUUAAAAAUAGUCAUUGACAAUGAGCAGCUUGUUGUGGGAUCCUCUAGACAGCCAGUUGGAUCAUGGGAAAAGGAUUAUGAUUCCUUUGUCCUUCCCCUUCUUGAAGACAAACAACCAUGUUAUAUAUUAUACAGAUUAGAUUCACAGAAUGCUCAAGGAUAUGAAUGGAUCUUCAUUGCAUGGUCACCUGAUCACUCUCCUGUUCGUCAAAAAAUGUUGUAUGCAGCAACCCGAGCAACGCUUAAGAAAGAAUUUGGAGGUGGCCAUAUUAAGGAUGAAGUAUUUGGAACGGUACAGGAUGAUGUUUCACUGAAUGGAUAUAAAAAAUACUUGAUAUCACAAUCCUCCCCUGCACCUUUGACUGCAGCAGAAGAGGAACUUCGACAAAUUAAGAUUAAGGAGGUACAGGCAGAUGUUGGUGUAGAUACCAAGCAUCAAACACUGCAAGGAGUAGCAUUCCCCAUUGCUAAAGAUGCUAUUCAGGCUCUGGAGAAACUGAAAAAUAAGAAACUCAAUUAUGUACAACUGCAAAUUGAUAUGAAAAAUGAAACUAUUAUUUUGGCCAACACGCUUGAUACUGAACUUAAGGACUUGCCAAAAAGAGUUCCAAAGGAUGCUGCGCGUUACCAUUUUUUCCUGUAUAAGCACACACAUGAAGGAGACUAUUUGGAAUCCAUAAUUUUCAUCUACUCUAUGCCAGGGUAUACUUGUAGUAUACGAGAACGAAUGCUCUACUCUAGUUGCAAAAGUCCACUGUUGGAAAUUGUAGAAACACAGUUGUGGAUGCAGAUAAUUAGAAAGAUUGAAAUAGAUAAUGGUGAUGAGUUAACUGCUGACUUCCUUUAUGAAGAAGUACAUCCAAAACAACAUGCUUACAAACAGAGUUUUGCUAAACCAAAAGGUCCUGCAGGGAAGAGGGGAAUACGAAGACUGAUCAGAGGGCCAGCAGAGACUGAAACACCUAGUGAUUAGAAACUGUGUUUGUAUUUGUUCAAGUAUUAGAGUAAGAAAUGGAAUUCUGGCUUUUGGUAAUGAACUGAAAUCAUUCCAUUCAUAGAUGCUAGGGAUAAAAAAAAGCUCUUUUUACUCUUCUCUUUUCUGACCUCAAAACUUUUUAUAUUGUUACAUGAUUAUAUUUGUUGACCAUGUUUUAUGACAUAUAGAAGAGAUAAUUAUUUUGAAGCUAGAAGAGAAAAACUAAGCUAAUACCCCUUUAUUUUAAUUUAGAAUCCAUUAUUUAAUAGCUGUACAUCUGAUCAUAAACUUUGCAGACAUAAGACUAUGAAGCCCAUGUAGUCUGUGAGUAAGUCACAGCUGUAUUCUUAUGUGUAGCCUAUUAAACUUCUAAGACUUUCCAUGUGAGAAGAGAUGAAGGACUACAUAGCAUUGUCCCAAUUAAAACUUUAUUUUUCUUUGUAGCACUUAUGGACAGUAGUAUAAUAGACAGUUGUCUUUGGAUUUUGACAAGAUGCAUUGCUGGAUUUUGUUGUUGAUUUGUUUUGGUUUUUUUUCCUUGCGAUGGAAAAGAUAAACUAAAAUCAGUUAUAGUUCAAUUAAUAUAAGCAUUCAGGAAUAGGUGGACAUUUGCUGAGGCAAUAUCUUGGUCAUCUGAAAUUUAUAUCUAAUUUAAUGAAUUAUCUUUUAAAGAAAUAGCUUUUCCAGACUUCUGUAUCACUCAUAAGGGUUACAUAUUAGGUACUGAAUGACCAAGUAAAAGGAGAUUAAAAGUCAAAGAGUUAGUAUACUCAAUAGAUUAUGGAGCUGCUUUUAGAGCAAUAUGUCUAAAGUAUCUAAAAAGUAAUUAAUUAUUGGUGCAGUUGGAUCUAAAAAUGUAAGUUCAGUAAAAAUUGAAGCAGUCUUGCUUCAUAACAGUGAGUUAUUUUUGAGGUUCUACUGUGUUUGCACUAUCAACUGCAAUUUUUACUUUCAAGGUAUUCUGAAAAUUACUUUUUCUAAAUGUCUGAACUUCAAAUGUAACUGACAUCUGUAAUUUAAGUCCAACUAGGUCUUGAAUAACUGCUGGCAGCAAGCCCCUAGUUAGGAUUUCGAUGAUUUUUUUCCUCCCUUCUUCCCUUCUUCAAAAUACUUAAAUCAGCCAGAAUAGUCUAAACUUGAUUGAACUGUAAGUAAUGUGUUUAACAGGAAGAGGAAAAGUAGAUUAUUUCAGUAAGUGCAUUAAGGGGGAAUUAGAUGUGGAAAUAAAGUAUUGGAUGACCUCAAAUAUUUAAAACUGUGUGAUGAAGCAAAUACUCAUGAAUAUAUUAUACUCCCAGUGAGGAGCUGCUUUUUAGUGUCUUUGUGACCUUUGUGGUUUUUGAGUUUUGUUGGUUUGGCAUUUUUUUCAAGCUACAUGGGGAGUUGCCAGCUUUGGUUUAUUGGAUAUUAUCCUAGCUGCUGGAUAUACUCAUUAUAGAGCUGAAUCGUGUGUUUACCUGGUGGAAGAUGGAUUUUAACCUAGUUUUGUGGGGAAUCAUGUUUUGAUAGUAGUAGUUCCUAACAAAAGAAUGUUUUAUCUAUUAUUUUGUUUGGCUAUACUAGCUUACUAUUGACAUCCGAGAUUGCACUAUAUAAUGUGAUGGUUGCAAUAGUUGGUAUUACUGUGGGUUUUUUAUAUGUAGCAGAAAUUUUACACUUCAGCUUUUUUUUCAUUUAAUUUUACACACUACAUCAGUCCAAUUCAAUAGCUCUUGAUCCUCAGCUAAUCUCUCCUGCUUGCUUUUGUGUUCUUUUCCUGCCUCUUGCCUGGGCAAGUGUCGUUGUUUUUUAAAUAUGGUUAUUUUGUGUGCAGUUCACUGUACACUGUAAUUAAAUAUAUUUUUAGAUUAACUGAAAUAUUUGUAACACACCUAAUUCACAUUAGAAUUUUUGUUUUGGUUUGGUUUUAAAGAGUGUAGCAUUUAAAAAUUACUGCUAGAGGGUUGUUUGAAUUUAGUAUUCCUGCCCUUGUGCCAGCCACAGCAAGAGUGCAUAUACCUCUACACUUUCUUGAGCCAGUAAAGAAGUUCAGCUUUUUAAGAUUAAAUGUUUUAAAUAAUGAACAGUUUGACCUGAUGUGGUUGUGUGCAUGUUGUGGGGGUUUUGUUGGAUGUUUGCUUGGUUUUUUGGGGUUUUUUUUUGUUGUUUUUUUCUGGUUGGU